AUGACCAGCGUCUCUACAAUCACACAAGGUCGUACUUGUCAUUUAACUCAGAUCAGCUCAUCGUCGUGUGUCAAGGGUCUUGGAGACGGUUCAUGCCGUCUUCGGGAUGCAUUCUUGCGUUUCUCACCCGGAAGAAGCUACUACCUGAUGGUGACCCAUUUCUUCUCUCCAGUGAAGGGUGUUUGGUCCUUGGAUUCAAUUGCGGCCGUUUCGGUGAGGCUCAUGAAUUUUAGGCAGGGAGUAGAAUGCCUGAAAUGCCCCCAAGAGCGCUAUUAUUCUGGUCUCGCAAAUGAUUAUUGUGGCAAUCGCACUUUAGGUAAGAUGCUGGCAAUUGUAGGAGAAAUCGUCCUGUCUAUUGGCGCGACGCAUUUGAGCUUUCUGGUAGCGACAGAGGCCCAGGACUUGAGCGCCUUGCGAGUAAAUGUCCUGAGAUUCAUCUCACGUGAAACGAAGUUCUCAAUGACCCGUGUGACCCACGCAGAAGCUCAUUAUCGCUACGCUUGGACUACCACUCUUGGCGGAUCUCCUCUUCUCAGGAGCCCUUAUCACAGUCCUAUAUCGCAGUCGAGCUGGAAUCGAUCGCAUAUGCAACGCAGUGGCGUUCUGCAUCGCUCUGGGAACGUCCGCCGCUGCUAUAUCCCGUUCCCUGAACCUCAUAUUCAGCACGUUGGCUAUGCGCUACUCAACUCACGACAGUUCAAUCGAGGGAUAGUCGUUGUAGACGACGUAUCAGGCCCUAAUAUCUUCCACCUUGCGCACCGUCGUGCAGUAGCUGAGACUUGGAAUGUCCCCCAGGUUGAAGACAGAGCAUUGAACACCAUUCAGAUUGGAGUUUCCACAGAGAUGGAAGGUCGUAAAUGGGAUUUCAAGACGUCGAGCUUGAGCAGGAGUGGUACUGAUCAGGAAUUGGAUCAGGAGUUCGAGUUCGAGUCUACGUCGGACGGAAAGAGCUCAAGGGGAUCGACCGCAACGAACUCCUCAUUUCCCAACGCUGGAUUUCCAGAUGGAAGUGGGAGCGGCAUCAGGAGGGAAGCUAACACUAGUAGCAAUUCUAUCGCGUCCAACGCCCGACAACAAAGGCCCGGAGGCUUGCUGGCAGGCAUAGCCGAACCACUCCAAGCCGCUGUUCUUGCAGGCUACGGCGUGGACGAGCCUCUUGGAAGGUGUGCCACACGCACGGCCCAUGAGCUCAUCGCGGCACAAGAUAAGAAGGUCGCGGACUGCCUCAAUGCGCUCUACAACGAGAUGCGGGCGGGGAGUACCCGCGUCGACUUCCUUCGCCAGAAGAUGGAGGCGCUCGCACGCGGAGCGUCAGACCGCGACCGGCAGGUGUCACAAGGCGUAAAUGCGCAGGGGAACGAGCAAAACAACGUCUCGGAGAGCUCAUUCAAGAAGAAGAUGGAAGAAUUUGAGCAGCACGUCAAUAAAGAGACGCGGAAUUUGCAAAUCUUGUUCGGUAGCUACGUCGAUACCGAAAGCCGACGGUUCGACACAUUCGUCCGCCAGACCAUGAAGGACAUCAAGAAGGACAUGGAAAGGCGGAUCGAGCACGGGCUGAACCGUUUGGGCGAGGAUAUCCUCAAGCGGACGGCAGCGACGCAGGCUCAUGCGGACCGGCGGGUGGCGAGCAGGAUCGAUAUCGUCGAGGGACGGUGGGAGUACUUGGAGAGGAGGAUUGGGAACUUGGAGCAAUGGAAGAACGCGGACAAGGGCCAGGCCCUUGAAGAGGCGAUGAGGGGCAUGAUGGAGAAGGUCGUCCAGCUGGAGGAUAGAUUCGUCGGCGAAAUCAGCGGCCUCGGCAGGGCCACAAAUGGGCUUGAGGGCCGGCUCAAGAAGUGCGAAGAGCAGAUCGCGCUCCUCGAGGACGCCCAGAUAGCGCAAUCCCGGGCGGUACAUGACGAUGACAAGUCGGACUCAGAGGCAUCCACCAAGCCAGAGAAGACCCAGCCAGAGGAGACUCCAGGGACCGGGGUAAACCAGACGACCGAGGUCACGAUCAGCUACGAGGAGCGGCUCCGCGCAGUGGAGGAGCGCACGAACAGCCGAAUCGACAAUCUCGACUCGGAACUCGGUCUCUGCGUCGAUAGGCUCCAGAGGCGGAUCGUCACGCUGGAGCGUCUGGUAGCUCGGGUUGAAAACGGGGCCCGCAAUGGUUUGAGUAUUCCCUUCGUGCAAGUGCCCGCCCUAGAUGCGUGGAGCAGCUGGCAUAUGCUCUUGCACGGUACGGGCACGAACACGUCCCGGACAGCGUGA